ACCAGAAAGCAAGUUUGAAGUGACCGGUAUAUAUUUUUGAGUUCAAGAUAAAGAAGUUAACAAAAUACAAAUAUUAAUUUAAAAGUGAUAAAAUGAGUUACGACAGAAGUUUCCAGUUGCAUUCCCUUCAACAAACUCCCAAAAACAAAAGAGUCAGACAAAUAUUAGGCAGAGAAGAUACACUGAAUAUUUCACCAAUACUCAACGAGUCGUCUAUUUUCAAAACCCUUAACGAUACAAGCUUAAGGCAAGUGUUGGAUGAAUCUUCAGUGUUAGUGAACCAAGGUAACGCUGGAGACGGUUUGAGUGAAGCAUUUUUCGAGAUUAUACAGGCUGCACGUCCGAGCGAAGCUUUGGAUACUUUAGCGAGGUUAUCUCAAGUGUGUUGUGAUUCUCUGGAGCUAGUCGAACCUUGGCAUCGAUAUAAUGCUCAUAACUAUUGGUUAGCAGAGGAAGCGAAUACAUGGAAACUUUUAUAUUGUCUGUAUGCUGAUUCCAUAAACGAACAUCCUAAAUCUCUAGACAACAUUAUUCUAGAACCUACUCUCUCACAAAAAACUUUAGUCAGUGCUUUGUUCCAAAGUGAUCCUGAGCUACGUCUGCUACAGCUAUUAGUUGACUGGCUGGAAGCCACUGCAGCUUAUCAAGAGGAAACAACUAAAACUUCAGCCCCAGUUAUAAGUAAUAACAUACAUUGGGGAAACACACUACACCAACUGCUUAUUGGCUCUAGCUUGUUUAAUAAGGAGAAGAAUAAAUCUAUGAUAACGUGCAUGGACCCUGAUGCACCAAGGCGUCAAAAUAAAACAAUCCACACUGAUGAUAAAAAGGAUGAUAGUGAUUUGUGUAAGAGAGUAUUUACUGAAGUUCGUUGUGGUAAGUUUAACGAGGCAGUUUCUUUAUGUAUUAGCAGUGGGCAGGCUUGGCGUGGUGCUGUCCUCCAAGGCUGGAAAUUACUACAUUAUGAACAGGAUGAGAAUGGUAUUUUGGAAGUUUCUGGGAACUCUUCACGAGAUUUAUGGAAGUGGUGCUCAUUAAACAUUGCAAGUGAUGUUGCAGAAAAUGUAAACUAUAGAGCCACUGUUGGAAUUUUAUGUGGCCAUCUACAAAGCACUCUGCCAGCUUGCCAGGGAAAUUGGGAGGACCUCUUAUGGGCACAUUUAAGAGUCCAGAUAGAGGCAAGGGUGGAUAAAUUCUUAAGAGAGCAUCAUGCCACUGCAGAGGCCAACACAACACCACCAGAUGUUUUAGAAUUGUUACAAAGUGAGCUUCAGGUUGAGGAGCUGUCUUUACACCAAAUAUUUAGUGCUGUUAAAUCGUUGAUGGAAGGGAAAAGGGAGUCAAAUUAUCAGACAUGUCAACGUCACCUUAUGCUCGGACAAAUUAGAACCAUAAUGGAAGAUGCCCUCCACUGGUUAGAAAAUUCUGAAGACAAAUUUAUAAGAUUCCUGGCACAUUUAGUGCUUGUUCUUAGACAAAUGGGAAAAGACCCACAGCAUGAUGUAGGUGAUAGUGUUUUAGAAAAAUAUAUCAUACAACUUAUUGAGGGAUUGAAUGAGGGUGCAUGUGAAAAUCCAGAGCUUAUCGCAUAUUACACUUCUACAGUACCAAUUCAAAGACAAAUUGCUUUAUAUGCAGAAUUGAUGGGCCACAUACAGAAGAGCGAACAUAGAGAGGAAGUUGUUAACGCAGGCAUAAAGGCUGGUGUAAAUGUUGCUGCAUCUGCACGAGUAGCAAUCAAGAAAGCGAUCACAGAUAUCCAACAAGGCUACGGUAACAUAGACUUUACUUUCACCCAAACUUCUGCGGUUGAAAAGGAUAAGACUUUGGUUAAUAAAGUAAUUUCAUCCUUGGAAUGGUUGUCAUUAAUUGAAGAUCAAUUAGAAGAAGCACUUUGGUUGUGCAAUGCCAUGGUUCGCACAUUUAUUUUCAUUGGCAACACUGAUGCGGCAUUGUUAUGUGCGAGUAGUUUACACAAAAUGUUUGCAGACUAUAUCAACAAAAUACCUUCAAACUCAUCAGAGCUUAGAGAACAUUUAUGUUUGAAGUCAUACCUUGAAGGUUUAGAGGCCUUUGCAACUUGGUAUAGACAUUUCAUAAGUGGUCAACCAAAAGAUAUAGAACCUUUAGCUCAUGAUGCGUCGUUUUCCGAUAAAGUUCACCAUGAACAAAGGAGUGCCCAAGUCGAACAACAGAAGGCUAGAUGGAAGAAUACAGUGUUACAUCAAUCUCGGCACACUAAGAAUUUACUUUACAAUACUCUAUUAUUCCCUGGGGGAUGGCUCCAAGAUGAAACUGACAGCACUUCUUCUAAAAAUUUCACUCAAGAAGAAAAGGAGGAAAGGACUAAACAGUUGGAUACUUUGAGACGUUUAUGCAUUCCUGAAGUUACAAUUUUAAUACUCAAAAUCUUGCAAAGUAGUGAUGACAUUGAAAACCAUAAGGAAGCUGUUAAGAUCAGCAAUUUGAUUGCGGGCGAAAAUCGUGGCCUCUACAAAGUUUUUACGAAAAACAAACUUUUGGAAAUAUUAGAUAGAAUUAAGGAAUCUUCUCUGCUGCUUCUAGAAAAGGGUAGAGAUAUUUUUGGAUAUGAAUUAAAUGAAUAAUUAUCUUU